AUGACGAGCAUCAAGCCUGUCAACACCCAGGCCCUCUGGGGUUCUCCCCCAAUACAACACACCAAGCCUAACACUUCUCCUGUCAUUCCGGCAUCCUCGUCCCUUCCGAAUGUCCCCGCUUCCUCCACGAACCCUCGAUCGUUCGACCUCGAGCACCAAAUGCGGAUGUUUAUGAUUGAGAAACGCGGUCAUGGGAACCAGCAGCAGCAUAAUCCCGCACCAGCACCCAUAGCUCCGUUCGUUGCUCCGCCUCCGAGGAAGUACGUGAAGUCUUCAAAGUCAAAGCCAUGGUUCAUUGCUCCGCCACCAGGCGGAAGAGGUCUGACCCCGGCGAUCGCUACGAGUGCGACAUAUUACGCUCCAUCAGGACGGGUUGUCACGAGAACUGAGCUGCGGCCAGUGCACAGGGGAAGCCCGACGUUAUCACAUAAGUCGUCUUCGUCCACCUCAAGUUCUCCUGUCGAGCCUCCUUCUGCUCACAACCGCUCGCGACCGAAGAACAACCUCCCGGAUAAUGCUUGGGGUGUAAGGUCCGUUCCUGGUGCCACUCCUCCAACUGUUCCUCAAGGACCGAGCGAUACCACCUGCGUCGCUCCUUCCUCUUCCAACUCACCUCAGCCGAGUCCUGGCCCUAGGCCAUUGACACAUAUCGAGUCACCAUUACUUCCUCCUCUACCAUCUUCUACCUUACUCGGAAGAUCGGGUUCGCUGACUAGAAGGAACAAUUCUGACUUGAGGAUUGUGCCUCCUCCGCUUACACCAACUGGCGUAGCAGGAAAGACUGGGCUUCCACCCCCGCCGGUUUCUCCGCCGAUGCCUAAGCCAAGGUCUUCUCUGGGGAGGGCAAAAAAGACCCCGGUCAGCAGAACUUCGGAUGUUCUGGACACGGUGUAUAGCAUCUAUAAUAAGCUCCCGACAUCUCGGGAUCGGAGCAAUUCUGAUAGUGGUGAUCGUGACUUUGUUAGCCGAUUGGCGACCAAGAUUGUUCCGAGACGGAAUAGUCCUUCGCCCUCUCCGCCUUCGGUCAGCUCGCCUCAACCGGUCCCUCAGCCACAGAUCGCUCAACUGCCGCCCCCACCCCCACCAAAGCCUCGACCUGGGGAUGUCUCUCCUCCGAUUAUUCCUCUGGUUGAACUCCCUGGCACUAUUCCUUCCACCCCACCUCAAUCACGCUCACCUGCUAGAAGACGGUCCCCGAGGCCACGGAGCCCGCGUGGCCCGCAGAGUCCUCCACCUUCCCGUGAAAGCCAAGAAGUAUACUCCAAGCUACCCCUGCCCGCUGUUCCCGCCCCAACCCCUACCAAGCCACUCUUUUCAAGCGAACAAUCCACACUCCCACAACUCUCCCCUCUCUCCAGCCCUCCCACAAGCCCAACCCCCGACAAGACUAGCACGACAGGCAAUUUUGACGUCGACCUCGGCUAUGCCGUCGAGCUGGUGGAAUGGUUCGAAAACUUCUGCUACCCAUGCCAGUCUGCGUCGACCGUAACCACAUCCUCCCCACGGACUCCGAGCCCCUCCGACUCUCCUUCCUGCCCCUCAACACCAAGGAAGGAGGAGCCCACAGCUAAUACUACCAGCACUGACCCCGCCGUCGUUGUUCUCCCGGACGAGGAAUCCCCCGUCACUGGCCGCCAGCAAUUCAACAAUCCUCAACCAUCAGUGGAGGUGGAACACAACUCGUCCCCGAACUUCCUGAGUCCCCUUAAGGUCCACAGCUCGGGCAUGUGCUUCCCUAAGAGAAAGCCUGUCCCGAUGAGCAUGUGCUCUACUGCUAGCAGCGUCGGUGAUGCGUUCAGGUUCGAUUAUGAAGACCUUAAUCCAAUUUUUGAUGGUGGGUCCACAUCCGGUGAAGACGAUGGCGACAACGAAGAUGUCAAGAGGUUACAGGGCCAGAUUGAAGACAUCCUUAACAGCGCGGUGUACCUCAAAGAGGCGGGCCAGGUCGAGGGCGAAGGGGAGGCUGAGCCAGAGGGGGAAUGGCGUAGGACUAGGUACAUUGCUGGGCGGAAUAGUGCGCUUGAAGGGGAUGUAAUUUUUUGUUUGAAGGCUAGUGAGCUUUGAUCCUUUUUUUUUUUUUCACUCUUACUAUACAUUUGUUUUUAUUGUUAAUACUGCAUUUGGCGUUUCUGGUGGUGUUUUUUUUCUUUCUUCUAGAACCCGUGUUCGGUUCGGUCUGGUUUCGGAUGGGGAAUUUGGUCGAUCCCUUUGAUUUCUAUUUAUUUAUUUUUAGUUGCUUUCUCUUAUUUAUUUUUUCUAGUUGGGGGGGGGGGUUAUGUGGGUUCUAUGUACUCGUGUGAAACUGUAGAUAGGAUGUAACAUUAAUCUAUAGGGCGAAAA